CAUGGGCGGACCCUGGGCGAGGGUCGGUGUUUGAGAGGACACCAGCCGGGCGGGGGAAGAAGCCGCCGCCGCCGCCGCCACCGCCAGGGCUGAACUGCUGGCCCCGCCCCCUCCCGCCGGCGCCCUUAGGGGUGAAGCCGCGAGAGAGGCGGCCGCGCGCUCGGAUAACGGCGGAGGAGCCCGGCAGACCACGUAGCUGGGCAGAGUCAUUACUGAAUUCCUGUUACAAGCGUCCUUCCCGAGCAGGGUUCAGAGAUGGACUCAGAAGAAAGGACAACCAACAGAAGUGAACAAAAAUCAAGGAAGAUUUUAAGAAGUCUAAUAAGGAAGCAGCCUUGGGACCUUCUUUUGGUAAUUGGAACCGGAGUGAGUGCUGCUGUAGCACCAGAAAUACCAGCACUGUGCUCAUGGAGGAGCUGUAUUGAAGCUGUCAUUGAAGCAGCUGAACAACUGGAGGUGCUUCAUCCAGGAGACGUUGCUGAAUUCCGCAAAAAAGUGAUCAAAGACAGAGACUUGCUUGUAGUUGCACAUGAUCUCAUAAGAAAGAUGUCCCCACGCACAGGUGAUACCAAGCCCAACUUUUUCCAGGAUUGCUUAAUGGAGGUGUUUGAUAACUUGGAACAACACAUUCAGAAUCCUGUUGUUCUACAGUCAAUCCUCAGGCUAAUGGAGAGAGGCACUAUGGUCCUUACAACAAACUAUGACAAUUUACUUGAAAUUUUUGGUCAGCAACAGGGUAAACCCAUGGAGUCUUUAGACCUGAAAGAUAAGGAUAAGGUUCUUCAGUGGGCAAGAGGUCAUAUCAAGUAUGGAGUUCUUCAUAUUCAUGGCUUGUAUACAGAUCCCUGUGGAAUGGUGUUGGAUCCUUCAGGAUAUAAAGAUGUUACUCAAGACCCUGAAGUAAUGGAGGUUCUACAGAAUUUGUAUCUGACCAAAUCCUUCUUGUUUGUGGGCUGUGGAGAGACUCUGCGUGAUCAAAUAUUCCAGGCUCUCUUUCUGUAUACUGUAAAGAAUAAAGUAGAUUUAGAACAUUAUAUGUUGGUGCUUAAAGAAAAUGAAGACCAGUUUUUUAAACUCCAGGCAGAUAUGCUUCUGCAUGGAAUAAAAGUAGUAUCCUAUGGUGAUUGCUUUGAAUAUUUCCCGGAGUAUGUCCAAGAUCUAACUGCUCAAAUCUGCAAGCAGAGGAGUCCAGAUGCUGAUCAAGUGGAUAGUACAACACUGUUGGGGACUUCAUGUGUGGACUGUGCAAAGAGAAAGUUAGGAGAAAAUGACUUGGAUCUUUCUAAGAGAGUCAAACAAUCUGAUAAUGUUGAUACCUCUGCUGGUGACCUGGGCAUUGUAAAGAAUUUUGAAACCCAAGUGCAGGGCAACUGCGCAGGACCACCGGAGCGGGAAGCAGAGAAUUGGGCUCUCAGUACUCCAGAGUUUCAGUGACUUUCUCUACCUGGCAUUGACUGUAACAACCCUGCUUCCUGGCAAGAACAACAACUUGAAAUGGCAUUAAGAGUUUACCUUCAUAUACCAUAGUAGCCUGCUGCUCUUAGCAAUUUUUUCUCACCCAGAGUGAACUAUUCUCACUAUUACUAGUCCCAGUCAAGAGCAGGGAGUAACUGCUAAAAGCUGUUAGAAACUAAUUUAAUAAAUAAAACUAACGUUCUGUACCCUAAGGUUAAAGUAAAAGUUUUAAAAAUAGACAAGGAUUCAUUUCCACACCACCACAAAAAGGCAGUGUUAAAUAUACCUAAACUAAAAGUUGGAGAAGGCUGGGGUUCAAACACUUGAAAGUGAAACUGACACAGACUAUAAAGAGAUAUUUUAAGUAGAAAGUAAGGUUGAAAUUAAGUUAUUUUUAAGAACUGCAAACAAGGGUAGCACAUUGUGUGUGUCGUCAUUCGGACAACUUGCUUGCAUAUUUUAUUUCUUCCCCACCCACCCCCUUUUUCAUCUAUUUUCUUAUUCCUGGUUCCUCUUCCAAGCUGCUUUAUGUGGGCAUGCCCCUGCACCUUCGACUGAAUCAAUUAAGCUCCAUAUGCCCAGAGGGCUGUCAGCAUAAAGCUGCUUACAGGAUCUGAACCUUAAACUGUAAGCUCCUUGGAGCAGGCACCAUCUUCAUAUUUUAUAAAGCACAAAUAUCUGACCUAUUCUAUGAAUAUUUCAUUUUUCACUUGUCAUCUGGUAUCUUUUAGUAUCACUUAACAUUGGGGGAAAUGAAAAUAUAAAUGAAAGUGGCCAGCAGCAUACAGGCUGUUCUUUAUUGACUGGGAUUCACUUCACUACUUACUAUACUUUGGAAUGAAAAUAUUUCAGUUUGUUUGAAGGACAGGACAUGCUUUUGGUAUUUCAAGUAGAGAUUACGGGGAUGUUUUCAUUGCUGCAUAGUUAAAGCAGGCCACUAUCUAAUUAUGUGCAGUAGAGAACUGCUACAAACCCCAGCUCAUCAAGGCUUUAACCACUUUGACUACAGUCAAUGUGACUACUCCAUAUGCUUAAAGUAAAACAUGCUUAAGACCCUUGCUGAAUCCUGUCCUUAGACUACCAAAUUUAAAUUCUAUUAUGAGAGCUUGGAUUUCACGUUUUUAUGAGGGGGUCCUGUAAAACUUGUUAGUUUCCCCCAAAAUUGUGUUGCCCUGGAGCAAACACUUUUCUUUAAAUGAAAUUCUAAAGUGUUACAAAAAUUAAUAUUUCUUUAAUCAGCAUCAAUCAGAUACUGAUGGCUGAUUAAGUGGCUGGAUUAGGCUGUGCUUUUUGCACCCAUUUUCCUGAGGCUGCUGCGAGCACACUAUAGUUUUGAGGUUGUUUUAACACAGCAGUCAGAGGUUAAAAUUAGUGCAAUACACUUUUAUUGAACUCUAUUCUAUGGUACUUUUAUGGCUCCGAUCAUCAUAGUAUCUGAGCAUCUCAUCCAUUCAGUUGGUUCCUCAGAUAUAACCUAUUUAACUUGUCUUUUAGUUUUCCCAGGAGCAACACUACAUAACUGCCUUUCCACUGCACAUGCACACACACAUUUAAACUUAGCAUUGAUUUGAUUUGAAGUGUUUUUAAAUCACAAGUAAAUUUAAUUUUGCUUUUUUUAAACAGGUAGCACUGGAGACUCUUCAAGUCUAAACACCACUGAAAACUGCAACUUGUAAAACAGCCAUUCUUGCCUUAGUGCCAUACAAUUGCACUGUGAAAAAUGCACAUCGCAGUAGUGAUGAGAUCUCUUUACAAUUCAAUGUAUGCAUAUUAAAAGCAGAGUUGCUGUGUGGCCCAUUAUGGAAGCUACUGGCAGUAGAAUAUGCAUGUUUCAGUUAUCUUAUAAGGAGGGCUGACUUGCAACUGGCUCAUGGAAAUAUAUAGCUGAAAGGGAUAUACCUAGAACGUGACUGUUCAGUGUGAUACAUUCAGUUAAUCAAAAAGUAACUUGCUUUGAAAUCCUGUUUUGAAUACGACUGAGUCUGGAUUCCCAAGUGGAGGAAAUAGGCCAUAAACCUAGACAUUCAUUAAAUGAUGCAGCUGGCUCUACUAACGCUAUUGUAGAAAUUAAUUUACUUUUUUGGUAUUCUUUUAUAAUUUUUUUAAAAUGGAAACUGGUGUAUUUACUGAGAAUUUUAGAGACAAGGUGGAAGGUAAUAUGUUUAUUGGACAUGAGUAAGGGUAUCACAAUCUGGCCAUAAAGUGUUAUGAUUAAUAUACCUUGUCUGCCAACUGUGCUGGCUGGCUGUUUGCUAAAAGGUAGGGGGAAAACCCACCAAGGAACAGUUUUGACUGGGGGAGAGGGGAAGCUGUACACCUCUUUGUGGCUUGGCAAUGAUGGGCAAACAUGGCCAUGUAAUAUGGAGCUAGUCUCUCAUCAGUUUCUGACCCUUACAGAACAUGGCACCAGAAAGCUCUGGAUUCAAUUUCAGAAGAAAUGUAAGAUUGGUCUUUUACAAGUGUUGGAAACAGAAUAUAAUGUCUCCUUCCCUAGAGUAGCUCUUUGAAUAUAUACAGUUUAAAAAAACAUUUAAGCUCCUAGAACUUGUAUCUUUAUAUUUAACCUAACCACAUCUGAAACCUUGUAGUGAGAAUCUUCCUGAUAAAAAGUAAAAAAUGCUAUACAUUUCAAGAUUUUUUCCAACAUUUUAAUUCUCAAUAGUUUAACAUUGAAAAGCUAUAUAUAACAGAUGAGGUUUGCAUUUUUUGACAGCAAUCAUAUGAAUUUAACAUAGCAUCCAUAUUCAAAAAGUCACUCAUCAUUCAUCAGUUUUUAUAUUAAUGGGACUUCAUAGUUUAUCUUAAUGCUAACCAACAAGAACAUACUUAAAGAGAUUAGGCACUAGUCACUAGAAUUUAGCCAUUUCAGUAAUGUCUUUCAAAAGCAUAUUUUGAAUUUGUAACGCAACAGGAACAUGUACUCCAUAAAACCCUAAACAAAACUAGGUCAAAUAAUACAAUCAUUUAUUCUUCUCCAAAUUCUAAGAAAUGGCUCUGUGGGUUACGAAGCUAUAUUCUUGGACUUCUGUAUAAGAAUAUUUAAAAGCAAUAUUCAAAAAGCUUACAAACUUGUCAGAAAGGUGGCUGUAGAAAUCACAAUUUUAUUAUUCACAGAUGGCCCUGAAACUUUCAUGUUUUAUUCCAGUGUGGAACUGUAUCUGUGCUUCUCUUUUCGUUCACUGUCAUCAAUGUCUGGAUACACAGUAAGAUCCAGAGUCAGUACCUGACUAAACAUGUAAUCAUCUUGCUGAAAGGAGGAAGAAUCAAAUCAGUUUACAAGCAUAUAUUAAAAAUAAGCAUUAUCUAUAAGAUGAUGCAGUUACCAGAAGGACCACUUAACUAUACAUAGCUUGUUCUGGAACGCUAUUAAACACUUACCAAUGACUGUUCCUGAAUGAGAAACAAUGCAUUUGAACCACCCAGCUCUUGAUAUACUUGUUAGAGAAUUUUUUUUUAAAUGAGCAUUAAGGGGGAGUCAUUUCUUAAGAAAUAAUUGGCUGUAGCUGGAAUUUUUUUUAAUAGUUUAAUUGCUGUAUGAAGUUAAUUUGAUUUAAAUCAAGACAGAAAAAUAACUAAGAUUAUUUGUACCUCUGGACAGACUCCAAUUAAUGCAUCUGCUCUGGAAUAAAACUCCUCCUUUAGAGAAAUAACUAUCAUCUGACACUGUUCCUGUGCCUGCUCUUUGAUGAAGCUUGAUACCUUUGGAGAAAAGCCACAAAUUUUAGGAUAAGUGGGUUCUGUCAGAUUUAAAUCACAAUUGAUUAGGGAACAAUGCUGAAUUGCUCAGCAGACAGAAUUCAUUUAUGAAAUGGGCAGGGUAAAAGGGGGAAUAUAACCGGCCAAGAAAGACACUGUACAUGAUGUAGGUUCACAGUAUGACCCCACAGGUUUGACCCUUUAAAAAAUGUAUAUGAAAACAAUCCACUUUAGAAAUGUGACAUUUCUAAAGUUAACGUAGCGCAUUUUACUUGACAAUGUUUUUAAGUUAGGAGAAUUUCCAUGUAUAAGCCAUAAAUUUUACAGCCUGUUACCAUUUACAUAAUGUGAUACAGAUUACAAAUGCAUAUUACUGUGCGGUUUUACGUGGCAGAAAAUGUUUUUCACUAGCUGUAAAAUGUUACUGCAUAGAGCUAAAUUAAGAAGACAUCAUACCACAACAGAAGAUAAAAUUCUAAAUGAAAAUUAGAAGCAAUAUUUUUUAAUCACACUUCUAUCCGCUAUGUCAUAAUAGGCAUAGUCAUUGAAAUAAUUUUGAACUGAAGAUAUAAAACCUGACUAGUUUUCACAGUGACUGACCAUAAUCCAUUCUGAAACUAACUUUAUAAGGAGUUAGUAUUAUACACACUUAAAGUUCCGGAAAGUUUCUUCUUUCAAUUUUCAGUUUAAAGCCUUCUAGCCGUGUUACAGCAGAAGAUCUCCAACAAGUUGCUACUAACCAGACCUUUCCCAAACUCUUUUGAUCCCAAUAAGUACUGUACAUAUACUAACCUGUUCAUAUGCAAAAAGUAUAUGCAGUAUUUAUUAAGCAUAUUUUUUCUAUUUCCAAACAACAUUAUUUUCUGUAACAAACUCAAAACACUGGCAAAUAUAUAAAGGUCCCUUCAUUUGAAGGUGUCUCAGGUCUUUCUCAUGGCAGGUAAGAUCACCAUUUACGGUUGAGGAAACUGAAGCAAUGAGAAGAGUUGGAGUAGGCCUCAAUAUUGAUACAAAAUUAUUAAUAAAUUAUUUUACAUAAUUACAA